CAUCUUUGCUGUAGCCGCUCUGUGGGGAGGACCUAAUCUCGUCUAGCAGCUGGGAGCGUUUCACCACGUGACGCGAGAUCUGUUAGGGAGCAGCCAUCACCAUUUCGCCUAAUUCAUGUCCAGCCUGAGGAAAAAAAAAAGAGGUGAGAGCACAAGGAAACAGAAAACUACGAUGGAGUAGCUGAAGACUGAAGCCAUACCCGGUCUCGUCCACUCCGCUACCGCCUCACAACUUAACAAGGUUGGCUUCCAAUGUUUCAUCUGGCCUUGGCUGACUGCAUCUAAAACAAAAUAAAAAGGACAAACCUGCAUCUCAGGUGACAGUGGAGAGGAGGGUCUGAGGCUGAUUACUCCCCCCAUUAGUCUUUGAGGAAGGGGGGAGGAAGAACGAGCUGCUAUAUCCACCUGUAGCAUGGGGCAGAAAGUCCCAGGUGGCAUUAAAACCAUCGAUAUGCGGGAUCCAGCGUUCAGCCCCCUGAAGUUGGAGCUACAAGCCCUGAAUCACACUAAGCCAUCUCGACUGGAUCUGCUACUGGACAUGCCACCUGCGGGCCAGGAUGUCCAGGUCCAACACUCGUGGAACAACGAUGACCGCUCCCUCAAUGUCUUUGUCAAGGAUGACAACAAGCUGGUGUUUCACAGGCACCCUGUGGCGCAGAGCACGGACGCCAUCCGGGGACGUGUUGGCUACACAAGGGGACUGCAUGUGUGGGAGAUAAACUGGGCGAUGCGACAGAGAGGUACGCACGCUGUGGUCGGAGUGGCUACAAGUGACGCGCCGCUACACUCAGUGGGCUACACAGCUUUGGUAGGAAGCAAUGCCGAAUCCUGGGGCUGGGACCUGUGCAGGAGUAAACUCUACCACGACGGCAAGAAUCACCCAGGAAAAUCCUACCCGGCCUUCCUCGAACCAGAUGACACCUUCAUAAUACCGGACUCUCUCUUAGUUGUCUUGGACAUGGAUGAGGGGACUCUGGGUUAUAUAGUAGAUGGACAUUAUCUAGGGGUGGCUUUCAGAGGACUUAAGGGCAGGAAGCUGUACCCUGUGGUGAGCGCCGUGUGGGGACACUGUGAAAUACGAAUCCGAUACAUAAAUGGACUUGAUCCUGAACCGCUCUCUCUGAUGGACCUGUGUAGGCGUUCGGUGAGGGUGGCAUUAGGAAGAGAGCGUCUCAGUGAAAUCCAUAGACUGCCCCUGCCGGCCUCUCUCAAGAACUACCUGCUCUACCAAUGAUGCCGCUGAUGGUCACGACACUCUGAGCACACCCUUAUUUCUUUCUCAUAUUUCUCUGGGAUCAUUCUCGGGUUAAACCUGUUUGACAGCAUUGCUCAAGCCUCCAGGACUCAGCCACAUGAUUCACUGAGUAUGCUUCCAUGUCAGUGGCUGGACUCCUUUUCAGUUUCUUAUCCUGUUUUUAAUGACUUUUUCUCAAUUGUAUUCUCUAACUUUAUCAAAUCAGGAAUCACUGAGCACUAUGCACACGCUGAUCCAGUCGAUGUCCUGGCAGUCACCAAUUUGUGAGUUCCUAUGGUGGAGGUAUUUAAGUGGUUGGUACCUCUGCUGUGACCUCAAGACUUUCUGAUUUAUGCAUUAAUGGCUUGCAGGCUUAGAAAUGUGAUAUGCUCUUGUGCUAAAACAUUGAAUGGGCUCACUGAUGCACCGCCAGUAUCUGACCACAAGGUGGCAGCACAUGUCAACCUGUAUGCCCACUAAAAUUGAGCAUUACAACAGAAUUGAUUUUAGAAGUGAGUAGAAGGCUUCAAAAUGGUAAUGGAUAAAAAAAAAAAAAAAAA